AUGCGACCCGAGCCCCAGCUCCGCGCCCUCGCGGACCUCGCCUCCGGGCUCGCCGGCGAUGCCCGCCUCGACGACUUCGCCACCGUGGCGGAUCAGGUGGUCGCCUCCGGCGCCGAGGUCUCGCUGUUCGUCGCGGAGCUGGACGUCGAGCUCGUGGGGAAGGGGGGGAUUGCACCGGCAAAGGUCGUUGACGGCGCGGCAAUGGAUUUGCUGGGAAAGGAGUGUGAGCGGUUGAUGGACUGCGGCGAUGCGAAGUCAUUGGUUCAGGUGAUGGAGAUUCUCGCAGGUUUCAAAUUUCCAGUCAGAGAGCUAGCGAAACCUGCUAAUGUAAUAAGAGUGUUAAUUGAUCAACGGAGUCCGAAUUUGGCCAUUAGAUAUGCAUGCAUCUUUCCACAUGCACAAAUAUUGUUCUGCACUAUCAUACACGAAUUUGGGAAGAAAGGGAUCUGGUAUCUGCAUUGA